AUGGCCUUCCAGAUGCCUUCAUUUCUCUCGCGCUUCCUCCGCCCCUUGAGCUCCGCGGCCUCAAUGUCUCUCCAGCCAGAUGCUCUUGCAGCAAUGCAAUUCCCUCCCAACUCACAGCGAGCCAUCUUCGCCGGGGGAUGCUUUUGGGGUCUGGAAGAGUUAUACCGCCACACAUUCGGCGACGGCAAGGGCCUUUUAGACUGCAGGGUUGGAUACACUGGUGGCCAGACCAAGGCCCCAACAUAUGCCGACGUCUGCUCGGGACGAACUGGCCACGCUGAAUCCCUGCUGAUCGUCUUCGACCCGGACCGCCUCUCCUACCGGCAACUCUGCGAAUUCUUCUUCAGGAUGCAUGAUCCCACCACUCUCAAUCGACAAGGCGCUGACACGGGCACUCAAUACCGCUCCGCCAUCUUCGCCGAGAACGACGACCAACUGAAGAUUGCGGAAGAGACUAAACAGAAAGUGGGCGAACAAUGGUACAAGGGCAAGCCCAUCACCACCGAGAUCAGGAGGGCGACGCAGUGGUACGAUGCAGAGGCCUACCAUCAAAAAUAUUUGAUUCCAGAGCCCGGAAAGGAUGCGGAGGGAUUGUAUCAUUGCCCUGCGCAUUAUCGUCGACCAUUCCCCGAGUUGAAGUAG